AUGGAGACUGAGGUAGGAAUAGAUGGUGUUGGUAACGCUCUGCGUCAAGUUUGUUUCCUUUGUUUAUUAGUUGUGUGAUCUGUCAUCAUGGGUGACGUGGUCAACGCGCUGAUGGAGCUCUUCAUUUUGCUGCUACUCUUGCUGCUGUAUUUAGUGGUGCUGUAGCAGCGUUCUUCAGCAGAUAGCCUGAACAGGAACAACGUUGCUCGGUCUACAUUGUAAGUGGAGCAUAAACGUGUGUUCUACUUUAGUUUAAUGUGAACUUUUUUUUUUACAUUUUGGAGAAAGGAAGGAAAGUGUGGAUGUUUCUGUUUCUUAGACGGAAUCAGUGUCUGUGUGGUUAGUUACUUAAGACCAUGGACUGGCCAACUGUGUGUGUGUGUGUGUGUGUGUGUGUGUGUGUAUACAACAGCAGCUUUUUACAGUAAAUGUUGAUGACGUCAUCAUUAUUCAUCUAUGUAACGUUCACAGCGUCAUAUAAAACCACAUAGCUAAUGUCGUGUUUUGGAUUUGUGUUUAUUUUUAGCUGUUAAAUGCUAAUGGUUAAUAUUUUCGGAACAUGCUGUGGUUGGGUAACAUAGGCUUUGUAGGCUUAGCCUAUGCGGAUUUGUUGGUUUAGCUUAUAGGUCGACUUUAUGUUAUUAAUAUGUAAUGGAUACUUUGUUGCUGUGAAUGAAUUAAUACGAUACCUCCCCCCCCUGCAGCCGGGUAUCGUGUCUCCCUUCAAGCGUGUGUUUCUGAAGGGAGAGAAGGGUCGGGAUAAGAAGGCUCAGGAGAAGGCUACAGAACGCCGUGCCCUCCACACCUUCUCCCUCCCCGACCACCGCAUCGACCCUGACAUCCUGCUCAAUGACUACGUAGAGAAGGAAGUCAAGGUGAGAGGUCAGAGGUCAAGGCCCUUGACUGACUAGUGUUGGUGACAGCUACGCAUCCCAGGUUUGUCUAUGUUUAACCUGUGUUUCCAAUGGUUACCGGUGUGUUCUGUAGUACUUGGGCCAGCUGACGUCAGUACCGGGAUACCUGAACCCCUCCAGUCGAACGGAGGUCUUACAGCUCAUCGACAAUGCCAGGGUAAGCUGUUUCGCCGCAUCUCAAAUGGCUCCCUGUAUAGUGCACUAAAUCAUUUUAAAAGUCAAGAUUUUACUCAGAGGUAAAAUAAAAAAGUGUCAUCUUUUAUUUUUUGUCAUUUUUAAUAAAGCCUCUGAUAUUUUGCUUUGCCAUGACUUUACAAAGAAAAUACUACAUUUUAGACUUAGAAUUUUAGAAUUAUUAUAAACGGUAGAGUCAUGGGAUGUAUUGUGUUGCCAUGGGAACAACAUGGGUGAAACUGUCACGUAAUUUUUCUGGUUACCUAGAAGUCCCACCAGUUGGCGGGUCAGCUGACUUCGGAGCAGGAUGCGGUGGUCAGUCUGUCGGCCUAUAACGUGAAGCUGGUGUGGCGGGACGGAGAGGAUAUCAUCCUGCGUGUUCCCAUCCACGAUAUCGCUGCCGUGUCUUACAUACGAGACGACUCACUACACCUGGUGGUGCUCAAGACAGGUAAAUACCUCACUACACCUGGUGGUGCUCAAGACAGGUAAAUACCUCACUACACCUGGUGGUGCUCAAGACAGGUAAAUACCUCACUACACCUGGUGGUGCUCAAGACAGGUAAAUACCUCACUACACCUGGUGGUGCUCAAGACGGGUAAAUACCUCACUGCACCUGGUGGUGCUCAAGACGGGUAAAUACCUCACCGCACCUGGUGGUGCUCAAGACAGGUAAAUACCUCACUGCACCUGGUGGUGCUCAAGACGGGUAAAUACCUCACCGCACCUGGUGGUGCUCAAGACGGGUAAAUACCUCACCGCACCUGGUGGUGCUCAAGACGGGUAAAUACCUCACCGCACCUGGUGGUGCUCAAGACGGGUAAAUACCUCACCGCACCUGGUGGUGCUCAAGACGGGUAAAUACCUCACCUGGUGGUGCUCAAGACGGGUAAAUACCUCACCUGGUGGUGCUCAAGACGGGUAAAUACCUCACCGCACCUGGUGGUGCUCAAGACGGGUAAAUACCUCACUGCACCUGGUGGUGCUCAAGACGGGUAAAUACCUCACUACACCUGGUGGUGCUCAAGACGGGUAAAUACCUCACUACACCUGGUGGUGCUCAAGACGGGUAAAUACCUCACUACACCUGGUGGUGCUCAAGACGGGUAAAUACCUCACUACACCUGGUGGUGCUCAAGACGGGUAAAUACCUCACUACACCUGGUGGUGCUCAAGACGGGUAAAUACCUCACUACACCUGGUGGUGCUCAAGACGGGUAAAUACCUCACUACACCUGGUGGUGCUCAAGACGGGUAAAUACCUCACUACACCUGGUGGUGCUCAAGACGGGUAAAUACCUCACUACACCUGGUGGUGCUCAAGACGGGUAAAUACCUCACUACACCUGGUGGUGCUCAAGACGGGUAAAUACCUCACUACACCUGGUGGUGCUCAAGACGGGUAAAUACCUCACUACACCUGGUGGUGCUCAAGACGGGUAAAUACCUCACUACACCUGGUGGUGCUCAAGACGGGUAAAUACCUCACUACACCUGGUGGUGCUCAAGACAGGUAAAUACCUCACUACACCUGGUGGUGCUCAAGACAGGUACCUAACCACCUACACUACUGUUCAACAGUUUGGGGUCACUUAGAAAUGUCCUUGUUUUCCAUGAAAACAUACAUGAGGAAAUAUAGCAGACCGAUCCAGCUCAGAGAGGCCCAGGUCAGCAGUAGUUUUAAUGUAGAAUGGAAAAUGUAAUGUUUUAAUGCAACAAAUGUUAGUGCAUCGACUCGUAUCGAACCAAAUCGCAUCAAUUCGUUCCUCUAAUCAAACCGAAUCGUUUCAAGCUAAAACGAAUGGUUCCUGUAUCGUAUCGGAGCCCGUGUAUCUAGAUACGAUUAGAGUCAUCUUGAAAGGGAAAUAUGCACGUCCCAAAUUAUUAUGAGUGUAAUGUUGAUGGUGUGCUCUCUCUCUCUCUCUCUGUGUUGUUCUCCAGCCCAGGAGGCAGGUGUGUCCCCGUGCCCCAGUACCUGUCCUGACCUGUCUGAGAGUGGAGCUGUACUGGUAGAGGUCUGCUGUCUGCUAGUACUGGCUGUGGAUAACAAGGUAACUAACACUCCCUACUGACUGUAGACAACAAGGUAACUAACACUCCCUACUGGCUGUAGACAACAAGGUAACUAACACUCCUACUGACUGUAGACAACAAGGUAACUAACACUCCCUACUAACUGUAGACAACAAGGUAACUAACACUCCUACUGGCUGUAGACAACAAGGUAACUAACACUCCCUACUGACUGUAGACAACAAGGUAACUAACACUCCCUACUGGCUGUAGACAACAAGGUAACUAACACUCCCUACUGACUGUAGACAACAAGGUAACUAACACUCCCUACUGGCUGUAGACAACAAGGUAACUAACACUCCUACUGGCUGUAGACAACACUCACUACCUUGUCAGACUGUUAGCUAACAUCAGCGAAUGUUCAUGACUAACGCAAAACAAAUGGAAUAUGUUAUUUGAACUUCUUCCUCUGUUUCCUGUGGUCUGCAGGCGGCAGCAGAGGAGUUGUGUCUCCUGCUCUCCCAGGUGUUCCAGAUCGUUUACACUGAGUCCACUAUAGACUUCCUGGACAGGGCCAUCUUUGACGGAGCCACCACCCCCACCAGGCACCUCUCUCUCUACAGUGGUGAGGACGUCAAUCAGUUAACCAAUCAAUCAAUUAUCAAUCAAUCAGUUAACCAAUCAAUCAAUUAUCAAUCAAUCAGUUAACCAAUCAAUCAAUUAUCAAUCAAUCAGUUAACCAAUCAAUCAAUUAUCAAUCAAUCAGUUAACCAAUCAAUCAAUUAUCAAUCAAUCAGUUAACCAAUCAAUCAAUUAUCAAUCAAUCAGUUAACCAAUCAAUCAAUAUCAAUCAAUCAGUUAACCAAUCAAUCAAUAAUCAAUCAGUUAACCAAUCAAUCAAUUAUCAAUCCCACACAGACACUGACACCUCUCUCUGCCAGUGGAGGCUGCUGAGUGGGGAACGGCUCAUAAUAAUGGCUGGAACGGAGCAAAUGGAAUGGCAUCAAAGACCUGGAAACCAUGUGUUUGAUGUAUUUGAUACCAUUCCACUGAUUCCGCUCCAGUCGUUACCACGAGCCCGUCCUCCCCAAUUAAGGUGGCACCAGCCUCCUGUGCUCUCUACAGUGAUGAGGCUCUGCCCAGCUCAAAAUGUUUUCACUUUUUCAUACUAAGAGCAGCAAUAAAUACAAGAAAUAAAAGCAGUUGAAUAUGUUGAACAAAAAAUGUUAAUUUAUUUAUUAUUAAUAUGAAUCCAUUUAUGUUUUCUAAUUGUGAAGACGACUCUUCAAGUAAGGUGGACCUUAAGGAAGCCUUCGAAGCAGAGGCCAGCACCUUGUAAGUAGCUGGAAUUAUGUCUGUGUUAUGCAUUUACAGUGCAUUCGGAAAGUAUUCAGACCCCUUUACUUUUUCCACAUUUUGUUACGUUACAGCCUUAUUCUAAACUUGAUUCAAUUGUUUUUCCCCCCAUCAUCAAUCUACACACAAUACCCCAUAAUGACAAAACAGAAACAUGUUUUCAGAAUUGUUUCUCACAAAAAAAAUAACAUCACAUUUACAUAAGUAUUCAGACCCUUUACUCAGUACUUUGUUGAAGCACCUUUGGCAGCGAUUACAGCCUCGAGUCUUCUUGGGUAUGACGCUGCAAGCUUGGCACACCUGUUUUUUAUUUUUAAUACAUUUGCAAACAUUUCUAAAAACCUUGUUUUGCUUUGUCAUUAUGGGGUAUUGUGUGUAGAUUGAUGAUGGGGGGAAAAAACUAUUUAAUCAAUUUUAGAAUAAGGCUGUAACGUAACAAAAUGUGGGAAAAGUCAAGGGGUCUGAAUACUUACCGAAUGCACUGUAGGUGCGAUACGUGCUGCUUUGUUCAGGACCAACUGCUAUUUACCUAUGUUCCUCUUUGCUGCACAUGACCACACAUCUGGGCAGUUGUCCAGGUGGGACAAAACUAGGGCCUGUAGGACCUGUCUGGUCGACUGGGACAACAAGAAGGCAGAGCAAUGCCCCAUCAUGGACAGACCUCUUCCCAUUUUAGCAUCCAUAUGUUUUGACCAUGACAGCUUUCUGAGGUUCUGUAGGGUUCUAUUGAUGUGGUUCUGUUUGUCCUAUAGUUCUUUCCAGGGUUCGCUGGAGGCAGGGGGUGACUCUCCGUCCCCUUCCUCCACCCCAGCCUCCCCUCAGACCAAGACGGCCAGCGAAGGAGAGCUGAGCACCACCGCCACAGAGCUGCUACAAGACUACAUGACCACGGUAGGGUGGGUGCAUGCAUGUAACUAUGAGGUUGGGGCUUUGGCUUAAAAGAGCAUGCAACAUAUUUUAUAGAGCACCGUCUCAUUUUAUUUAACCAGGAGAAGACCCUUGAGGUUAGAAACCUCUUUUUGGAGGGGGACCUGUCAAAGAGGUCAGCAGGAAGUAGCCAGUGUGUACACAUUACGCAAGAACACGAUGCAUUAAAAACAUUUACAAUCACAAUGCUCAACUACAUUCUCUUCUAUCAGAGCUUUACUGCUAUAUCCUACAGGUUGUGACAUUUCACCUCCAUGUUUUCACUCAUUUCUCUCUGUGUCUCUCUCUCUCUCUCUCUCUCUCUCUCUCUCUCUCUCUCUCUCUCUCUCUCUCUCUCUGUGUCUCUCUCUGUGUCUCUCUCUGUGUCUCUGUGUCUCUCGCUCUGUCUCUCUCUCCUCCUCUAUUAGCUGCGUACCAAGUUGUCGUCUCAGGAGAUCCAGCAGUUUGCUACUCUUCUUCACGAAUACCGUAACGGAGCGUCCGUCCAUGAGUUCUGUAUCAACCUCCGUCAGCUCUACGGGGACAGCAGGAAGUUCCUCCUACUGGGUGAGAACUACUUCCUGUCUGGGGUCACAGGGUGAAAGGUCAAACAUGGGGCUGUGUUUAGAGGUCAAGCCGAGCAGCAGGAAAUGGAGUGAAAACGAACGGGAGGUUUUUACCUGAGCUUGACCAAUGAGAAUGCUUAUUUUGUGUUUCCCAAUCCCUAUUUUUGCUACGUUGUGCCUUAUUGAUCAGGACCCUGCUGUUUCAGCUUGACUGUGAAAUGAGUCUCCGCUAUUUCAGUUCACACAAGCAUAUGCUGUCAGGGUUCUACAGGGCGACCAUUUUACUCGCACAUGCGCCUAAAUAUUUGGUGUGUGACUUGGAAUAUUUAUUUGGGCGCACCAGUGAGCCUAGAAAAAUUAAGGAUUCUAGCUUUAUAACUUCAUAUUUUUCAUUGUGCUCCUAAAUUUCGUUGUGUGCGCCUACAUUUUUCAACUUUAAAAAUAGGUCAGCGUAGAGCCCUGGCUCUGUGAUUCAGACUGUCUGUGCAUUGUCCUUUUUCCCCGUCCGAUCCCAUGUCCAUCCAGGUCUGAGGCCGUUCAUCCCAGAGAAGGACAGCCAACACUUUGAGAACUUCCUGGAGACCAUCGGCGUUAAGGACGGCCGUGGCAUCAUCACCGACAGCUUCGGACGCUACCGCCGCACCGCCAGCUCCGCCUCCGACUCAACCACCAAUGGGAACGGGGCGGCGGGAGGGGACGGAGGCGGGUCUGACGAAGGGUUGGCGCCCUCCGAAGGAGACGAGUGGGACCGCAUGAUCUCUGAUAUCAGUAAUGAUAUAGAGGCUCUGGGCGUUAGUAUGGACCAAGAGGGGGUCACACCCUAGUCCCUAACUCGUCCCCCCUAGUCCCUAACUCGUCCCCCCUAGUCCCUAACUCGUCCCCCCUAGUCCCUAACUCGUCCCCCCUAGUCCCUAACUCGUCCCCCCUAGUCCCUAACUCGUCCCCCCUAGUCCCUAACUCGUCCCCCCUAGUCCCUAACUCGUCCCCCCUAGUCCCUAACUCGUCCCCCCUAGUCCCUAACUCGUCCCCCCUAGUCCCUAACUCGUCCCCCCUUGUCCCUAACUCGUCCUGAACCUACAUAGAGGACGAUCCAUCCAGCCCAGAUCCAACCCCCUGAUGAUGACAUGCUGUGCAUCAUGGCCAAUCAGCUUUCAGUGUGAGCCAGCGGGCCAAUCAACUCUCAGUAUGAGCCAGUGGACCGAUUCGCUCUCUGUGAGCCAUUUGUUGUUUUCCUCGUCCAUUCAAAUAACUUUAUUGAUCCGUUCAUAGUGGUUUUUAGGAACUGACUGAAUGGCAGCCUUUUCAGUCUCUGGGGUUUGUAUCGUUAUUGGCAGUAUCUGCCAUCAGUGACCAGGAUGAAGCUGAGUCACCCUCCUGAGGGCAGCCGUCAUGAAUACCCAAAAUGCUCUGUCUGGUGUCUCGUUUCGCAAUGGGUGCGUUCCACAUUGCAGCCGACCUUUAAAGGCGAGUCGAGACUGACUGAUCUACAAAUCACCUUGGAUCAUUAAUAAUUAACGACUCAAUAUUAUUGUGUAGGUCAGUCAGUCACAUGUGCACUAUCUAGGAAAUAGGGUGCCAUUUGAGACGCAGACAGAAUCACCAAAAGAUGUGCCUGGACAUGGAAUAUUGAAUAUUAUAUAAUGACUUAGGUUAACGUAUGUAGUUAGCCUGUAUUUCUAACUAAUAUUUAUUCUUUAAGGUAAUUUAACCUUCUACAGCCUCAGCCCCUGUCUAAGACGGGGGGGCGAUGUGGGGUUCUACUAAGCUGACAUAUGAAAUUGUUUUCAG